AUGCAAACUCAAUGCGAAAGCGUGUGGAAGGGCUCACUUGAACCCACAUUAUAUCGGAAGCGCUUGAUAUGUAAGAGUCCGGGACAGUCACAGAGAGGCAAGAAGAGGCCCCCGAAGAACAUUAAACUCAUUGCUAUUCCCGGACAGAGAGUCGACGAGAGAGACAUAUUAGGCAAACAGAAGUCACUCAAAUAUCACCCCGGUUUCAAUGUGGCAUUGGAUCCGAAGAACAAGAACUUGUAUGCAUUGACUGCGGGGACAGUGUUUUACUCGAUUGAAAAG